AUGUUCUCUUUACUCCAUCUCUCGCUGCUUGCAGUGGCAGCACAGGCGUCAUUGCUAUCCCUGCAUUCCCCUCGGCUUACAGUCUCCGACUCCACUGGCAAUCAACUGCGUUCAGAGACAAUCUCGCUAGCUCAAGACUCGCAAAUCCCCGUCGAAUUGGCUGCAAAAGAUAUUUUGAAACUCACUUUUCAAGUUGUCGAGAAGGAUAGCGAAAAAGGCGUCCAGCCGCACCAAACCUUCCUUCGCUUCUACGAUGAAAAAUCCGGCGAAGAGGGCAUCCAACCUAUACGUGUCACCCCUGGAGGAAAGGCUAAAUUCGAACUUAACAUGGCCAAGCCCCCUCUCUCGCUACCUCCCACCACCGACGCGCCUCUAAAAGUGACGCUUCUCAUCGGAUCCUCUCUCUACUCACCUCUCUCUAUCGACCUUUUCGAUCUCGUCGUACCACGCUCAGCACCAGCACCCACCCAUCCUGACGAAGCGUCCUUCCAUCCUCUACCAGAAAUAAAACACACCUUCCGCCCAGACCAGAAACUUCCCCCGCGACCCAUCUCCGCAAUCUUCACUGUGCUUGUGCUCUCCCCGUGGGUCGUUCUACUGAGCCUGUGGACCCAAGUAGUACCCAUUCAGACGCGUCUCCUUUCGCCCAACGUCCUCCCCUUCAUUCUGUCCCUCGGCGCGUUUGAAGGGCUUCUUUUCUGGUACUGGGUUGACCUCAAACUGGGGCAAGUGUUGCUCUACGGCGCCAUCCUCUCCAUCCCCACUUUCUUUGCGGGAAAACACGCCUUGUCAAACAUCGCGAGCAAGAGGCUUGGUAUUCGAAAUUAA